UAUUGGAAAGCGUGUCACGCUAGCCCAUUCCAUGAUCCUUUGCCAGAUUGCAAUAAAUUUUCGCCAGCUACCUUCUUCCUGCCUACAUAAUAGAAACAGUGUAAAGGAUCCAUAAGACAAAGCCAAUUUCCAUCGCUGCUUCUUCCUCUUCUUCGGUUCGUCAAAUUUUGGUGUAAUAAUGGCGAAUACUGAGUUGAAAUCCGAUAAUUUGUUUGAGAUGAUGAAGAUACAUUUAGCUACCGAUGCUGGUAAAGAGCUCACCAAGAAGAUUUGCCUCGUUUACCAAAUCAAUAUUGCCCCCAAGAAAAUUGGGUUCGAUGAGGUUUCUUACGUUGUUGAUCUCAAGAAAGGAGAGGUUACAAAAGGUCAAUAUGAAGGGGGAAAGCCUGAUGCUAUAUUUUCCUUUAAGGAUGAUGAUUUUAUAAAGGUUGCCACUGGGAAGAUGAAUCCCCAGAUUGCCUUUAUGAGGGGUGCAAUGAAGAUUAAAGGGAGCUUGAGUGCAGCUCAGAAAUUCACUCCAGACAUUUUCCCAAAGCCAGCAAAGCUGUGAGCAGAGAUGCUAAUGUACUACUGUAUUAGUUUCUUUUGUUGGGAAAGCUAAGUUAGAAAAGUAUAAAUGGGAGCCAUCCGUCAAACUAUUUCAUUGAUAAGGCACUUGUAAUCCCUAAGGAUUUGGAUUAUAAAGCUCCACAAUCCAUUUUAUUUGAUCAAUUGCAGUAUGCUACUUUGUUCAACCGAAGACUA